GCCACCUGCUAGGUCUUGGAGCUGCGGGACGAUUUUUAUCCGAGUACGGCCGGCGGGGGAAAUAUAAAACUUAAAUUCAAUCUGUUUGUAUCUUCAGUUAAGACAGAACGUUGUCUUUGCACGUUUAGUGGAUCCUUCGUGUACAACGACCGGUCGCGAGAAGACGUUCCUCCUCUGUUGGGAUUAUCUAUCGUUCAUUGAACAAUUGUGAACUUGGUGUCACACGACUGUUAUCCGAAUAGCGAAUUACCAACCAACCACCACCCUCUCUGCGCUUCUUUCGAUUGUUUCAAGGACAUCGUCUUAGAACUAGGAGUUGUGAUUUCGCAGCAUCUAAAGUAGCAUCUGGUUGCGAGUCGAGGUUUGAGAUAGUCAGUUGUAAUCGCGCUUUUGUCCGGAUCGGAAGCGAGCCAGUUUCUACCGUGCGAAGUUAAAUCUAAAAUCUCGUUAGAUAUUCUGGAUAAGAUACUUACGGCUUGUAUGAGAAAAACGCGGAAUUUCGUUAAGUGUAUUCGGGCGUGCGAGAGGAAAAUCUUUUAGACUUUUCGAGGAAAGUUGUUGGUCUUGCGGAACAACAAGAAAGUUCCUACCCCCAAGAGAAAACAAGAUAAAACGCUGAAAUUGUUUUCAGUACGUGAAAAUUGAAUCGAGUGCAAACAGUUGGCUGUGAAGUUCCUUCUUCCUUGAGAGAGUGUAGUUCGUGCCAAAGUUUUUGAAUUGUUUGAAAAAAAGGUGGAAUGCUAUUGUAACUUUCUGUAAAACAACACUAAAUUCCGAAGUUGAAGAAAUGUGAAUAACAAAUUAGUGACUAAAGCCGAGUAUAUUAUUUUUAUUUGUAUUUAAAAUUUUCCUCUGUUCGUGCAUUUUCACUUUUCUGUUCAAUUAGCGAUAAUAGAUUAUUACUAUUCCAUUAUUUAGUCAUUCUGCUCACGUCGUACUUGCGCGAAAUUCGGUACAAUCCGCAAAAAAAUUAGAAGAAAGUGAUCGUUUUCUACUGUAAAGUAUCUGAAGCCUCUUGAUCGCGAGUUCGUACAUUCCAACAGUCGGAAGGUUCUGGAUGGAACGGGGAGAGGCGCGCUAGUUUUGUGAAUCUAAUUAAAAUUCAAUUAUUCGUAAAUAAAGAAAAAGUAAUUGCUGAUCAGAAUAUUGUCAAAUAACGGACACGACGAAGAAGAGGACCUCAAAGAUACACGAGUGAAAAUAUCGUUGAUCUCGUUAUGUACUUUUCUACAGUCUUCCUGUUCACAGUUUUGGUUUCAACUAGCAUAUUUCCAGUUCGAGCAGAUCCAGUUGGCACAGGAGGUCCAUCAGAACUAGUAGAAGGAGAGGAUGCACUGUUAACAUGCGUGGUCACACCACCGUAUCUAAACAACACAGUUGUAUGGCGGAGAGGUCGAACAAUUCUCUCAGCAGGAACAAAUCGAGUAUCGAAUGAUAACCGGAUAAGCAUAUUGCAUGAUGAAUCACCCAAGGGUCAAACAACAGGAGGAGAAGUAUGGGUUCUGCUGAUACGAAACACAAAAGCAUCAGAUACGGAUGUCUACGUUUGUGAAGUGAACUCAGACCCGGUGGUUAGCAGCUUGCACACUCUCUUCAUUGCAAAAAGACAACCAAUCAGGGGCACUGAUCCUACAUUAGAGUAUGAAAGACCUCCUCCGCUACCGCCAUAUGUUGACUCAUCACGAUCGCCUGAAUCCACCGCUUCCACAACUCCGUCCCAUGAUUUCACAGAAUGCUGUGAACAGAACAACGUCACAGCCCAAUGCAUUGGCUUCUGCAAUGUUCACAACAUCCUGGAUGGAACCACUGGUAUCGAACCCGAAGCCUGCGAAAAAGACUUCCCGAAUAUCGUUAAGUGUAUGGCCGACGGACGAAAUCAUGUGCCAUGCUGUGAAGAGAAAGGAGUUCCAGAUUUGUGCCAGGAUAUGUGUAGGGGAGAGUACACUCCCUUCACAGACUAUCUUAAAUCUAGGGUAUCAUGCGUAAGGAAUACUUUGUCGGGAUUGCAAUGCAUUUUGGAAGGGGUUCAGAAAUUACCUAGUCAACCGGAAGAUGUUUACGUGGAACCCCUGACAGAGCGUUCACUGGAAGUUGGAUGGUCUCCACCGGCCAAAAUGGCUGAGUCCGUUACCGGGUAUACAAUAAAUGUAACCACCCUGCACACUUUCGACCAGGACAGUUUGCCAAAUCGAACAAUUUUACCAAUGAUGAGCGUUACCGUUCCCGCAGACCAAAGAUCGACAAUCAUUAAUGAACUGAAACCAUUUACGAUGUAUUCGAUAACAGUGACAGCUAUCAAUGACCACGGAACAAGCUUGCCUAGCUUCCGAGUGCGUGCGUUGACUUUGGAUAGUGGCAUUGGAAAGCAGACCAGUGUCGCGGUUGUUCCUGUAUUGCCUGACAUUCGAGGAUGUUGCGAGAGCAAGGGAAUGUCGCAUCGAUCCUGUUUGAACCGAAUGUGCGAUCCCAAGAAAACUGAUCUGGCUGAGAUUCCAGACUUCAUGGUAUGCGCCCCAUGGGCCAACAUAACGUUCUCAUGUCUCACAAACAACAUGGACCAUACGCCCUGCUGUCGAUCACGAGGCAUUCCGCCCGUUUGUUUGCCUCUAUGUUCGGGGAAUGUAACCUCAAUCGACUUUAGUUUAUUCAAGUGCCUUCGUUUUAUGUCUGAGUACAGCAGUUGUCUUUUGCAAGGAUACGGGGUCUUACCAGGUCCACCGUCCCGACUAAAGGCAGCCCUGGUCUCAGCCCACUUUACAGUGCUGGAGUGGCUUCAACCAAAGAUUUUACCAGAUACGGUCACAUCAUACCACGUCAAUUAUAGGAGGCUGGGAAGCGGAGAUGAGUACAUAGUCACGGAAAAGAUUCGACCACCACUCAUCCUAGAAGGACUCGAGUCCGGAGUUUUCUACGAAGCUUAUGUGGUGGCAUUGAACGCCCAUGGCAGAGGAGCACCUUCACCAAGGCUCGUUUUCAGGACUAAAUUCCAAGAAAAUACCGAGCAAAUGGAGCCCACGUACAACCUGACACAGUGCUGCUAUGCAUCAGGACUCCUGCCACAGUGCAUGGCGCUCUGUUCUUAUGACUUGAAAAUGUCGGACAUGCAGGCGUUAGGAGCUACGUGCCAGGCACAAAUGGGUAUCUUGGCGAGAUGCGCAGCAGGUGGUCGGGACCACACGCCCUGCUGUAAUCGACGUGGAGUCAUUCCAGCAUGUGUUUCCCUAUGUCGCGGUGUAAUCUCACCCACAAUUGGAUCAUCUGACUGUCUGUCGUAUGCCGGGAACAUUCUCCAGUGCUUCGAAGAAGGUACAGGCAACAUACCCGGCCCAGUGGAGGAUGUUCAUGUAACGUCAGUGACAAACACCAGCAUCUCGUUGGCCUGGGUACCUUCCGAGAUGGACGCAAAUAAUACCGAAGCCAAAUACAUCGAUUUUCUGGUGCAAUAUGGUAAAGUCAAUAACAUGACCAUGUACGAGACGGUGGUUAAGUUGGACAAUGAAUUGAACACAACUGAGACUGAAAUCGAACUGAACAAUUUGGAGCCUUUGUCACUUUAUAGAAUUCUGGUUGUAGCCCGUGGAAAACAUGGCUCAUCACUUCCAUCCUCAGUUCUUUUGAUCAACACAACCAACCAAGAUUCAUCAAUGGCAAUGUACGGAGCCCCAUCCCAACCCCACUCGCUGACGGUGACAGCACAUAGCGCCACAUGGGUGACAAUCGCAUGGCAACCUCCUGAAUUCUCGCAUCCUCAUGAAUCCAUAACAUAUAAGGUCUACCACAAGGCCACCUCAGCCGAAAAGUACCAGAUAAUCGAGACUCGUUUGCAAUGGACGCGACUGAAUAAUCUGAAACCGAAUUCCCAACACGUCAUCUACGUUGAAGCCAUCGGAGCAAAGGGUAUGAGCCUGCCUUCCGAGACACUUGUUGCCUGGACAGAUCCUGCUCUACCGGCGUUUGUUGAUCCUCCGACGAUACAUCCGGCCGACAUAGUUGCCGAGGGUGGCUCUAUGACAAUCCUCUGUUUGGCACUCGGUAAUCCCGCUCCAACUAUCUCCCUGUAUGUGGGAGGACACUUAGUUCGACAGGAUACAUCCAGGCAUAUGGUUACUGUGAUACAUAAUGUUACUGCCGACAUGGAACAUGUAUCGUGUUACGCUGAUAACGGAUAUGGAAUACCGAUGCAAGCCUCGAAAAAAGUUAACAUCAGUCAUCCACCUCGAGUCGAAGCACAUGAAAUCGUCGUGGCCUAUUUGGGUUCGGAGGUUGACUUGAAGUGUACGGUAAAGGCGAAACCAAUACCGAAAGUAAUCUUCUGGAGAGAUCACGAUGGUCGGGUGCCUGUCAUUCAAGGAGGAAAUUACGACAUGUCCUUGAUUAAGGACGAGGCGGACUCAUCCACGUACACGAUGACAUUGCAUAUCUCCAAAUUGCAGGCAAGCGAUGUGGGUGAUUACUUUUGUCACGCAGAAAAUGCGUUGGGCUCGGCCACCAUCCCCGUGUCUGUCAGGAUACGUAACACCCCCGCCGUACACAACAUUUCUGAGUGCUGCAUAAAUCAGAACGUCUCAUCGGCCUGCAUGUCAGCCUGCAGUUUCUACAUAGAUAUCGACGCAGUCAUAGACCGUCCUGAAUGCAUAGUUGACUUUGAUAAAUUGAUGAAAUGCGCGGCAGAUGGAUCGGAUCACAGGAUGUGCUGUGCUAGUCAGGAUGUGCCAAGGAGAUGCUUGAAUUGGUGUCGAGGCGAACCCAUCAGUACCGGCGGAAUUUGUGCUUUGCAGCAUACACGAACUAUUAUUGGUUGCUUCCAAUCAAAUCGGGAUCGAUUGCCUGGACCACCACAAAAUCUUGUAGUGACUGUGGUAUCGGAGAGUGAAGUGCUAGUUCGAUGGGAUCCACCAAUCAAAAAUCCCCAUGUCGUCGAUGGUUACCGGAUAUUCUACCACAAGGCUGAAGGCGAAACUGAAGAUUUAGUGACUAAAGUCAAUUCAAUAGGAACAAAUAGAUUGGAUGUCCAAGGAACGAGUGUGAGCAUAAAAGGACUGAAACGUGAUAUUUUGUACGAGCUUGUCGCGAAGGCCGGAAACCAAUUCGGCGCCAGCGUACUAACCGACCCAAUCCGCUUUACACUUGGCGAUAAUUUCAUCACAUCCGCGUCCCAUUCAAACACUGCAGGAACAAUCAGCGGAAUCAUUGCAGGUAUCCUGGCUAUCCUCCUGGCGAUAGCGGCCGUCCUCUUCUACAGAAAACGUAAGGCUUGUGAGAAGGCUGCCAAUGGGGUGGCUUUCGAGAAUCCUAGCUAUCUAAGAGGUGUCGAACAUGUACAGAUUCCAACGGUCACAACGGAAUCGUCGACACCGUGGCGUCACGAGACUCUUCAACCACCCGCCUCAACACAAUUCAACACAAACUCAACAACAACGACAUCAUCACCACUCAAUGAUUCGGUGGUGCCGAUGGCAACUGAAGUCAAUCCAUCUUUAUAUGAGGAGCUCAAACUAGGACACGAAGGUGCUGGAUUCAAAAGGCUUGUUUCAUAGGAGUUGGCUCGUUAUUAGAUUAUUUUUUACAGUGUCCGUUGGUUUUCGCUAAUUUUUAUUGAGAAAAGACGUUUUUCUAGUAAUGAGUGAAAAUGCUGACGAAGGUUAGACGAGCUUACUGAGUAGAUAAGAUAAGUAAGCUGAGACGUGGAAAGUAUCGCAUUACCAUUUUUGUAGGCAGUUUUGUAGCGUAAUUUACCAUUUGAGAGGACAACAACCAACACUCAUACUCCAAUAUAAAUACACAUUUGCGAUAAUCAUUUUUGAUCAUUGCGCAUUAUUAUUUUUGUAUGUAAUGUAUCUUUUAUCUGUACAUUGUUUCCCCGACCCCCAGACUCCGAACUAUUGUUUUUGUUUGUUCUCGUAGCGUAGCUAAUAAAGUCGACUAUAAAUAAUAAAGUAAUGAUUAAUAAGAGUAUAUAUUAUGUAAAAACAAUUGCUAGUGAAUCUAAGAAGUGUAAUAAUAUAAAGAUGAUAGUUGAUAAUAAUAAAAGAAAGAUAAAUUUAUAAGA